AUGUCAGGGCAGGAGACCAGUCCCAGUCUGACCUGGACUCUAGACCUGAGGACCAGUCCCAGUCUGACUCUAGACCUGAGGACCAGUCCCGGUCUGACCUGGACUCCAGACCUGAGGACCAGUCCCAGUCUGACCUGGACUCUAGACCUGAGGACCAGUCCCAACCUGAGGACCAGUCCCAGUCUGACCUGGACUGUAGACCUGAGGACCAGUCCCAGUCUGACCUGGACUGUAGACCUGAGGACCAGUCCCAGUCUGACCUGGACUCUAGACCUGAGGACUAGUCCCAGUCUGACCUGGACUCUAGACCUGAGGACUAGUCCCAGUCUGUCCUGGACUCUAGACCUGAGGACUAGUCCCAGUCUGACCUGGACUGUAGACCUGAGGACCAGUCCCAGUCUGACCUGGACUCUAGACCUGAGGACCAGUCCCAGUCUGACUCUAGACCCGAGGACCAGUCCCAGUCUGACUCUAGACCUGAGGACCAGUCCCAGUCUGAAUCUAGACCUGAGGACCAGUCUCAGUCUGACUCUAGACCUGAGGACCAGUCCUAGUCUGACUCUAGGGAAAUGA